UCUCCAAGCUUUGCCUUUGCCCAACACCUCUGACCCAACACUGCAGGGCACAGUGAUGACCCAAGAAUCCAAAUUCUUAGACUGAAAUAUCAAGCGGCCAGAGUUGGACAGUUUCUAUCUUCUGAGAUGAAGAUUUUCUUGCUGGAGUAGGUGGUGGCUGGGGCACAGAAUGAAAAAGGUAGUCCAAAAAGUGGACUGAAAAGAACAAAGCCAAGUCUUGUGGCUUCCCAUCACAACAGGACCCAAACCUCUUUAUAGGUAAUUCUAUCCCAAAUGAAGAUCUAAGGAGAUCUAGGGAGUCUCAUUUUGGUCCCCAUUAGUUAAUGCUCUGUCCCCAGGAGGCUGCCGCCACUGUGAUCUUUCCUUCCCUGGUACAAUGGGUACAAUAGUACCCUACAUGGUAUCUGGGAACCUUAGAAAGAUGUCCGUGUAAAGGGUUUAAUCAUGUGCUGGGAACAAAGGUGGUACUCCCGGGAAGUGGGAGGGGGAGUCCACUCUACUCGCCAACACUCAGGUGGGGGUGGGGACUGCCUUUCUCCCCAAGACUGGCUUCCUGUGCAGCUCGUGGAAGGUUCUAACAGGUGUUCUGGCCGAGUGGAGGUGUAUUUUGAAGGCGUGUGGGGCACAGUGUGUGACGAUCUGUGGGACGAGAAGGAAGCGCAGGUCGUGUGCCAGCAGCUGGGCUGUGGGGACGCCGUGUCCACCCUGGGACAGGCCUACUUUGGCCAGGGCUCCGGCCCCAUUCUUCUGGAUGAUGUGCAGUGUUCUGGGACCGAGGUCUCCCUGGGGCAGUGCUCGCACGCUGGCUGGUUCAUCCACAACUGUGGGCACGAGGAAGACAUUGGUGUCGUCUGCUCCGGUAAAUCACUUCCCAUCUUUCCCAAGAGUUGAUUUUCUGCUUUAUCCAAUCAUUCUCCUUCCUCCCUGACCCAAAGGAAA